GGCAGCAGUCCGCAGCCCUCCCGGCCGCUCCGCGUCCCGGCCGUCUCGGGCGAGCCCAUGGUGCCGGGCACCGCCACCUUCAGCCGCCGCGCCUGCCUGCCCGGCGCGGAGCUCAGCCCACCGCGCAGCAGAGGAGGGGCCGAUUAGCAGUUGCGGAGAAGAGGGGAUGCCGGAAAGACAUAAAGCCAGCGGGGGAUGCAGCCCACGGCUUGUCCCAGGAUGGGGGCGCCGCGCCGGGUCCGACUGAUGGUGCUGCCGCGGGUGCUCUGGGGCUCUGUCCCCCUCUUCCUCCUGCUUCUGCCCCCGGCCGAGCCCAUCUGCCCUGAGCCAUGCGACUGCCAACAGCACCAGCACCUCCUCUGCACCAACCGAGGCCUGCGCUCGGUACCCAAGACUGCUGAGCCCCAGGAUAUCCUCACCUACAGCCUCGGGGGCAACUUCAUCGCCAACAUCACUGCCUUCGACUUCCACCGCCUGGCAGGACUCCAGCGCCUAGACCUGCAGUACAACAGGAUCCGCUCACUGCAUCCAAAGGCCUUUGAGCGCCUGGGUCGGUUGGAGGAGCUCUACCUGGGCAACAACCUCCUGCCAGCACUGGCCCCCGGCACCCUCAGCACCCUGGCCAAGCUGCGCAUCCUCUACGUGAAUGCCAACGAGAUUGUCCGCCUCAGUGCUGCUUCCUUUGCCGGCCUCAGCAGCCUUGUCAAGCUGCGCCUGGAUGGCAAUGAGCUGGGCUCACUGGGUGACUCUACUUUCUCAGAUCUGCCAAACUUACUCUACCUGCACCUGGAAUCCAACCGCAUCCGCUGGCUGAGCCGUGGCGCCUUCACUGGCCUGGCUAAGCUGCGCUUCCUCGACCUCUCAGGGAACAAGCAGAGCUCCCUUCGCCAUCCAGACAUCUUUGGGCCACUGCGCUCCCUCCACACUCUCUUGCUGUCAAGCAACAGCCUGCAGCAGCUGACAGGGGGGCUCUUCCAGCACCUGCCCAGCUUGGCAAAGCUCUCACUCAGUGGCAACAAACUGGCUCACCUUGCCCCGGAUGCCUUCAUGGGGCUGAGUUCACUGAAGGAGCUACGCCUGGAGAGAAACCUGCUGAGCCACCUGCCUGCUGCCCUGCUGGAACCACUGAGCAGCCUCGAAGUGCUAGAUCUGAGCCGCAAUGUGCUGACUACCUUGCACCCCACCACCUUCAGCCGCCUCAGCGGCUUGAGAGAGCUCAGCCUGCGGGAGAACGCGCUGGCGACCCUCCCCGGUGAGCUCUUUGCCUCCAGCCCGACUCUCUACCGCCUGGAGCUGGAAGGGAACGCAUGGAGCUGCGACUGCCGCCUCCGCGGCCUCAAGCACUGGCUGGGCUCCUGGCACUCCCAGGGCCGCCUGCUCACUGUCUUCGUGCAGUGCCGCCUGCCGCCCACACUGGCGGGCAAAUACCUCGACUACCUGCAGGACGCCCAGCUACCGCCGCCGGAAGAUGGCGGUGCCUGCCACGACAGUGCCUUCCCAUCCUCCGCGUCCCCGCCGCCGGCGGCUGAGGUGCAGCGCCGGCCACCGACGGCCGCCGACGCGCUCGGCAGCAACAGCAGCGGCGGCGGCGCAGGGCUGCCCCGCGGGCCGCCACCGGCUGCCUCUACCGCCCGCCUGCUGGGGGCGCCCGAGGGCGCGGCGGCGGCGCCGAGGGCCGCGGCGGAGGCGUCCAGUCCCACGCCGUCGGUGGCCGUGCCGCCCAGCGCGGCGUGGCCUCGGCGGGCAGGCAAGGCCCGCUCGGCGCCGGCCGCCGGGGUCCUGCCGCUGGUGUCUGACCCGUGCGACUUCAACAAAUUAUUCCUCUGCAACCUGUCGGUGGAGGCGGUGGGCUCCAGCUCGGUGACAGUACGGUGGGCCGUGCGGCCGCACCGCAUCCCCCGCCUGCUAGGGCCGGCACGGUUCCGACUCCUCUUCGACCGCUUUGGCGCCGCUGUCAAGUUCCAGCGCUUCGUUUACUUGCCGGAGCGCGGAGAGCUGGUCGCCACCCUGCGGGAGCUUCGCCCGGACACCCCCUACCUCGUAUGCAUCGAGGGCGUCCUCGGCGGCCGCGUGUGCCCGGUGGCGCCGCGGGAUCACUGUGCCGGGCUGGUCACCCUGCCCGACAGCAGCUCGGCGGCGGCGGCAGGCGGGCCCCGGGGGCCCGAUCAGCAGCUCCUCACCCUGGUGCUGCUGGCAGUGAACGCCCUGCUGCUUUUUGCGGCGCUGGCCGCCUGGGGCUCCCGCCUGCUGCGGAAGAAGGUGCUAGGGCGGCGGCGGCGGAAGGCGGCCCCUGUCCACGUUCGGCAGCUCUACUCCACUCGCCGGCCGCUCCGCUCUAUGGGCACCGGCGUCUCUAAUGACUUCUCAGGCUUCCAGUCCCACCGCCCCCCCCGCGGUGCCGCCUGCGCCCUCAGCGAGGCCGACCUCAUCGAGUUUCCCUGUGAGCGCUUCAUAGACAGCGGCGGCGGCAGCAGCCGCCACGGCGAUGACCAUCUCCUGCAGCGGUUCACCGACUGAGGCCGCCAAGCUACGGCUCCCGGCAGGCCCUGUGCAGGUGGUGGGUGCUCCAUGCUUCAGUGCCAUGAGGUCCGCCGCUGCGAGCUGUAGUCAGCGUGGCCAGGGGAGGUGGCUGCUGGGCUGUGAAGGGAUGGCGCGGGCCCCGAGGGGUUGCUGCUUCCAAGGGGGAGAGCUGUGAUACGGUCGCUGCUUCCAGCUACCCUUAUUGCAGCCUAAGGCUGAUGCCCUCUGUGAGAUGGGCUUAGGCACUUCUGCUGAGACGUCAGCGUUUUCUCAGAAUCGUCACUAACACAACCCAAGCAAAUGCCCCAUCUCUGCUGGUAAUCAUUCCAUACCAUGAGGAGAGCAACCGCGGGAACUACUGUGGAAUACACAAAGCCGGAGCCAUACAUUUCAGUGUAGUGUUUUACAGGUGUUUUUUCUCAGAUUGUUUUGGGGAACGAGUUUGAGUGUCUUGGCUCCCUGUGAGGACACUUAAACAGACCUUUCCAAGGCACCAGCUCUUCCAAUGGAAAAAUUUGGACUGAGGACCAGCUUUUAAUUUUACUGGUGAACGGUGAGGAACCGAUGAGUCUUCUGAAGGGCUCGAAGUGGAUGUGCUGUGCUGGACAGUUUGAAGGUUGUGUCAUUGUAACUCAAACGGAAUGUGAGGCAAUCUAACGAGUGCAAGUAUGUUUUCAUAAUUUUUUGUAAACGGGAAACAAUAAUGCAGCUGGUUAGUUUUACAGGAAUUUGUUGCUAACACCACUAGGAAAAACUAACAGUUUUGUAAUAUGUUUACAAACGAGGCUUUUUUUUCAAUUGUUAUUGAAUAAAGUGCUUGGUACUUGUACACAUUAAUGUGUGCUGUAGUUGUCUGGGUCCAUGAUGGUCAGUAGAGCACUGACCCUCACAUAAUCCAUCCUCCUUUCUAAAUGGGUGGAUGCAGAGGUGAACUGUUGAUGGAUAAACAACGUUUGUGCCUUUCUUCAGAAACAAUAAUAGGUGAGAAUAUUUCAGGAAUGUGAAACAGUCUUUAUCCUAAUGGGCAAAUCUAUCUUGGCCUUAGCCUGCUAAAGUUAGAAGCUUUAUGUACCUCACUGUGAAAUAAAACCAUGUUUUGUAUAUUAAUCGAGAAUUCUGUGUUUUGUGUAGCUGAGUGAGUAAUGCUAAACUUAAACCCUUGUGCAGUAGUAUAUGAUGAGUUAGUUUUGGUUUGGUCUGUUUGGUUGGGGGGGUUUUAUUUGAUUUUUACUGUUGUUUGUAGAGCAAUGUUAAUUUUGUGAUCAGUUGCUCUCUUACUUUUCUUGGACUUUUUGACUUUCCUAAAUAUUUACAGAACGUGGUUCUGUUGCUACAAAAUAUGGUGGUUUAGUUUACAUUAAUAAUUCUUUGUGUAGUCUAGAAAUAAGCUAAUGUAAAAGGUCUAAACAGGGGUUACACUUUAAAUGCAAAUGUUUCAGAGGGAGUUUGGUAAAUUUUGUUGAGACCAUUGAUGCUACUUCUGCUCCUCUGAAUUUAAUGUGCAACCUCAGAUGAACUCUUGUGAAAUUGAAUAGCUUGGAAGGAAGUGUUAGUGGACUGUGGAGACAUUCGUCUCCAUGUCAUGCAUUCAUUGCUGACCUGAGGUGUUCGUGACUACAAGUUUUUUAUUACCAUAAUUGCAUGCAAGCAAUUUGGGAGGUUUUCUUCUGGUUUCCUUUUUUUGUCCUUUCCUUUUUUUCCCCUUUUUUCAGAUGAACAAGUGUUUACAAAAGACACCAUAGUAACUGGUACCUUCAGCUGGAGUUCACGGACUGAAUGGAGAGAAAAGACUUUAUGUUCUGAAGGAAUUUUGUUCAGUCUUCAAGUGGGAGGAGAAAGUGUAGAGAUUGUUUGCCUUAAUCUCUACCAUUUAAAUGGAGAAAAAAAUGUCUUGAUUCUUGCAUCAGUAGCAAAAAAGCCCUUUGGGAUUUCAUUCUGACAGGCAGUGGUUAUGAAAUGAGUAUCAGGGGCCAGGCUCAGCUGUCAGUGGCACAAUGUUGGAUGCAGUUAAAACUGAAAGAAUCCAGGAUCA